AUGGAGACGGCGUCGGUAAAUAUGGCGGUAGUCGCGCCGCCGUCCACGGCGGCGUCAGGAUCGAACGAUAGUCUGGCGAUUGUGCCGGACAAGAGGCCGGCACACAGGCCAGGCGGGUGUGUCGGUGUCUUAUUCCAGUUCUUCGACUGGAACCGGCGUCUUGCCAAGAAGAGGUUCUUCUCCAGGAAGCUCCUUCCCCGAGGUACACUCCCGGACCUCCCAAUCAUAAUUUAGGAGAGUGAUUUCGCUCAUCACUCAUACUCAAUUUGUUCAGACCGCGCGUCCAAGAGUAUCUCCAAGGCCUCCGGCGAAGAGAGGACUCCUGUAACAAAGCCACAAAUGGUACAGUCCCCAUCAAGCCCAUCCCUCAUCAUCUUCUUCUUCUGACCUUUUACUGUUAUCUUUGGAGGUAGAUUGCGGACGAGAACACGGGAGGGUUUCCUAAUGGGAAGAUGGUCAAGGCCGACAAUGGCAUCCGGUCCUCUGUUUCCAAUUCUGAGAGAGAGAAGCCGACGAGCUCCCCAGGACUGGUGGCGCGGCUGAUGGGCCUCGAGUCCAUGCCCGCUACCUCGCGCAAUGGCAAGCCGAGGAAGGCCGUCGAUGAUGUUUCCUUCUCGGACGCCUCUAACGUUGACCGCUCCGGCGCCGCCGUCUGCUCCGACUCCGGCGACCGUGCAAAGCCCGAGCUCGGCCCCCAGAAACCGCGGAAGACGGGGUUUUUUGACGGGCGUCCGGUGUCUGCUGCCCGGAGCUGCUCAGAGGCGCUGGCGUUCAACAGGAGCAUGAUCACCCGUUCAAGGAAGCCGAACAAGAGGCUGGCUUCCCCUGUUAAAAGCCCCAGACUAGCAGGGAGGAGGAGCUCCGCCAGGCUAAUGGAGGCCGCCUCUAGAAUCCUGGAGCCUGGUUUGCAAGCCAGGAAUCGCACUAGAUACGCUCUGAGGAACUCUUCGCCGCCGACGGAGGAGAGCCCCAAUGUCAGUGCCACAUUUGUCAGCCCUUGCCAUAACUGUGGAAGCUUGGUGGAAGUCCCAGAAGUGAGGAGGGAAGCCGGCGAGUCCGCGGCGAUGGCAGAGUACGAGCCGUCUUCCUCUUCGUCAUCCUAUUCUUUCUCUGACCUUAGCAGCUUCUCUCCUCACAGUGGGUUUCAUGAGACCGUACCAGCCCCGCCGCACUUCUCAAGUGAGAGAAAACGAGCUCCGCCCGCCCCUGUUGAAGCAAAGCCCAGCGGGCAGACCAGAUCUCAUCAUUUUGCUUCAUCUUUUUCUCCCAAGAAAGACAGUCUGAGGCAGAGAGAGAUCCCCCAGGUCAGAGAAGAGGCGUUUCCUCCGCCAAGGCCUGGUACCAGGGAGUGGGAAAGAAGGGGGCAGCCGUCUUCCUUCACCGAGCCCAUGCGUUUGAGUGCCCCGCGAAGCCCCAGCCACCCGAUGACAAGGCCUUCCAAGGCGAUGGACAUCCAGAGACUAGAAAUCCGGGGGGUCGGCAAAAGCAGAGCUGGAAACACCAAUAAUGGCGCCAAGCUUGAUCUCCUCCAUUCUUCUUUCUCUAAGAGGAAGGCCGCUACCAGUGACUUGCCUGACAGGAAAGUGCCCAACGCAACAAGUCCCCGAUCUAUCUAUGGAAAUUCUUCCAGAGGAGAAUUACAGGGUCUCGGCAGCGGCAGGAACGGCGGCGGCGUCCUUUUGGUGAGGAGGAACGGUGCUGAGCGCGGUGGAGACGCUGAUUCCCUCCCUGAAUCAUCGGGGACGGAGUCGAGGGACGGAAAUUCUGUCUCUAAAAGAUUGUUGGAUCAGAGGAUCGACGCCUUGAGUGUUCUUCUCGGGCAGAAGAUCCGGGAGUUCACCUGUUCAGGGCCUGAUCUGUCGGCAUCAACAGACGACGUUCAGUCGGCAAGGUCAGCCGCUGCCGUCCUCGAGGAACUGAUCUCUGCCCUAUCAGUCGCCGCACGGCCGCCGCCUCCGAAGACAGAAGGCAACCUCUCGCUCGAUCUGCGAGGGCCAUGUUGUGCUAGCAACAAGGGCUUUCCCAAGAGGCCGAAACUCGUCGCCAUCCCAAGAUUUCAGGUCAGUUGAACCAUAUAAGCCCUAAAAUAUUGGCAACAUGAUCAGAUUAUCGAUCAUCAGCUCGAGGAGAGAAUCGCUUGAUUUCACAGUUUCUUGUUCCAAUGAAUGACUUCUCGCUCGAUCUCCCAGCCAUAGGGGAUUAAUGUCAACGCGGCUGUGCUCAUUCUGUGAUCUUCAGGACGAGGUGAUGUUGUCGGCAGUCUCCGCCAGGCCUCGGCAUGGUAGUGGUGGCUAUGAGCAGCGCAGCCCCAUGUCCAUCCUUGAAGCUUCGUUCCUUAAUGACAGCUGCUUAUCCGAGAGUUUCAACAGCAGCUCGGGUAAUAAAAACUCAGACCAGCUGACCUUUUGUUCAAUAUAUUGCAUGAAACGAAUAUUGACCUCAAAAUAGAUCUCUUUGUCUAUAACCAUGAUGGGGUUGACUUUUGCCCAAAAGUGUGGAGACUGUGUUAAGAGUAUUAACCCCUGAUCCGCACUAGGUUCGAUUCCCAAUAUAAUUAUCCGAGAGUUUAUUUCUGCCAGAUUGAUGCGCAUCUUGUUCAAUACCUCUGCAGGAUCUACAGAAUCCCCCAAUUAUUUUAGUGCCUGCAUCUUUCGGAUCGUUCGAGUGGUGUAGAAUUUUAUUUUCAGAAAUAUGUGGGUCCGACAACGAGUUUUUUAUUUGUUAAAUUUUUAUUUGCAGAUGCUCAUCCGAAAUAUCAUUUGAUCCCAAACCGUCGGGCCCAGGUUGCGAUCACAGCUAGUUCGAUCGACGAAUCGCCCUCGUGGGACCUCGACACCGAUCUCUCUGAUUCGGGAAAGUCAACUACCACCUUCAGAAGGCCCAGCGAAAUUAAGGUUCCUGGAGCUGGAAGCUGGAACGGCUACAUCUGGGAGGUCAUCUCGAACGCGGAGCUCAUCUUCCGGGGCGCUUCACCCAUCGUCCCCCUCCUCCUGGAAACCCUAGAAACCACUGCGGAAGAACCACGGCUCAGAAGGCUCCUCUUCGACUGCAUGAUCGAGCACCUGGACGUGAAGUACGCCCAGUUUUGCGGAGCGGGAUUUAGGGCAUGGCUGAAGCUGCCCUCUCUCUGCGGGCGCGAGCUCAGGCGGGAGCUCUGCGACAAGAUCAGGGCCUGCGGAGGCCCCCGGCGGGGGAGGACCUUGGAGGAGAUGAUCGAGGAGGAAGCCAGCGACGUCAACGGGAGAUGGGCCGACUUCCAGUUCGAGGCCUUCGAAUGGGGCGUUGACUUAGAGGAUGACCUCCUACGGAUCCUUGUCAACGAGAUCGUCUCCGACCUUCUCAUCCUCUGA